CAUUUGUACAGCUCUGCUUCUUCUUCCUCUUCUCACCGAACCACCACGGCCCUCCGAUCAAUGCCACCGCCGUCGUCGCCGUCGACGUCAUGGCCGUUCACCGUGAUCUGCCUCCUCCACUCGGCGAUCGCGAUCGCGUGCGGCGCUUGCAUGAUGUUCUACAUGACGGAUCUCUACACCUUCGGCCACGGCGUCGAGACGGCGCAGAAGCUCCUCGGCUCGACGCCGCACGACCAGCUCCUGAUCCGGACCUCCGACUCGUUCUCCGGCUUGCUCCUCUUCGCGAUCGGCUUCCUUCUCCUCAUGGUCUCCUUCGUCAGAGAUCGCGAGUUCCAGAGCUUCUUCGCCAAGGGCUGCACGGUCCUCCAUGUCUUCAUGGGACUCUGGCGGUGCUACUUCGAGCGGAGAGUCGAGGAUCUCGCCUGGGAUUGGCUCCGCCAGACAGUCGGCGACGUCGUUUUGGCCCUCUCUUGGGUUUUCUUCCUCGUGUACUCGUGGAGAGAAAAGUACGAUUAAGCCCCUCCUUCUCUUUCUUUCUCUCACUAUUUUUACAGCUUGUUAAAAACUUGUAUCAAGGAUCAGUGUGGGUAAAAAUGUCAUAAAAAAAAGAUUGAGUCUGUGUUAGUGUGUCCUGUAGAAACAGAAAAGAUCAAGUAAAUUUCACUGUUGUAAAUAUUCACUUUUUAUGAUAAUAAAACUCAUAUUUUGAUGGUAA